AUGAUUAAAUUAAAGCUUUCCUACAACAAUGGAAAUAAGAUAUUCAAUAUCAAUACAAAUUUCCGCGACAAUCAGUUCACUUUUUACAAGAACAUCUAGAAAUAUAGGUUCGGUAGCGGACCAGGGUCAACAGACUUUGAUCCCAGAGUGAAUUAUUACCAUAGAUUGGGCUUAAAUGAAAGCGCGAGUGAAGCAGAGAUCAAAAAGGCAUUUUACUCCUUGGCCAAAAAGUACCAUCCAGAUUCUAACCAAGACAAAAAAUUACAGACCUCUAACGAAGAAAAAUUCAAGGAAGCUUCUAAUGCUUAUGAAAUUUUAUCGGAUGGCAAUAAAAAAACUCAGUACGAUGACAUGCGUAAAGAGUACAAAAAUUAGUUCGGUGGAUCUCAUCAUGGUGGCUUUAAAAAUAACGAAUCUGAGCAUACCUAUAAAUAUGAUUAUCAAGAAUAUGAAAAAAGACGAAAAAAUUAGUAAUAGGGAGGAAGUGCCCACAAAACAGGCUAUAAUUACUAUAAUCCAACCAAUGAGUCUGGAGACUAAAAUGAGGGGUUUGAUCAUGAAGGGAGGAAAAAUUUUGAAGAGAGAUUUAAAAAUUUUAGGGAUAGUUAUUAUUAGACAAAGCAUAAAACAGAUUACAAUAAAAAUUGGUCUAGAAGCGAGCAAGAAUAGUAUCGAUAGUAUUAUGAUUAGGAGGAUUUUCAUUUUUCAAAUAAAUGGAAGUCUUAUGAUCAUUAUGAAUAGUAGUAUCAAAAGUAUUAAGACGAAUUCUAUCAAUAGCAAAGAGAGUAUUUCGACAAUCUUUAGAGAAAAAGUAAGGUUAAAGAAGAAGAGGCAUUACGGUACCAAUAGACAGGUAAAAUAGCAUUAAGAAAUGGAUUGAUGUUUUUCACUAUUCUUAGCUCUUUAGCAUUUAUACUGUAUCAAAAAACUUCCUAAGACAAUAAAUUUACUUAUGAGAAAAACAACUAAAAGUAGAUUUCUAAAUGUAAAGCUUACGGAAUGACUUAAAAAUAAAAGCCAGUAGAUAGCGAUAUUGACUCUAAAUUAGCAGAGAGAAUCAAUAAAUAAAUUUAGCAAGAGAGUCAAUAAAAAAUCAAAUCAACCUAGUUGUGA